AUGUCCCACAGCACGUACAACAAACUCUGGGCAUCGGCCCAGGCCCAGCUGCGGCACCUGCUCUCUGAGGAGCGGCGCGUGCAGGCGCUGCCGCCCGAGGCCAGCAGACGGGCCUUCCUGCAGCAGCUCAGCGGCUUCUUCGUGCCGUACGCGCGCGUCUUCCGGCAGCUGGAGGAGGCCCACGACCAGGUGGUCCACGCGCAGAAGCGGCGGCUCAUCCGCCGGACGCUGGAGGGCGUGGCGGGCCGGCUGCUGGAGCUGAGGCGCGGCAUGACGGCGGCCGACGGGCGCGAGUUCCACCGCGCCGACGACGCCCUGCAGGACGCCGGGCUCACGCCGGCGGACGUGGAGCUGCCCGUGCCGCGGCACUUCCUGGCCGAGCGGGCGGCCGAGCUGCGGGCGAGGGAGGCGCUGCUGAGGGCCGCGCUGGGCGCCCGGCCGGCGGGCGGCACGGGGGCGCAGGAGGAGGAGCAGGAGGAGGAGGAGGAGGCGCGGGACGGGGCGCGGCUGCUGAACCGCAGCGCGGCGGUGCGGAUGCUGCAGGUGGCAGAGCGGGCGCGGCAGGGCCGGGCGCGGGCGGAGUUCGUGCGGAGCGUGCAGAGGGAGGAGGAGGCCAUGCGGAGGAGGAGGAGGAGGAGGGGGAUGUCCCGGGCGGCGGAGGAGGAGGAGGGGUGCCGGGACGGCGCGGCGCUGUGCAUCCAGAGGAUGUGGAGGGGCCACCUGCAGCGCCGCAGGACCAGGACGGAGAGGGAGGAGGAGCUGGUGCUGCUGGGCAUGGCGCCCGGACGCCGGCGCGCCUCCUCCCGCGCGGAGCGCGCGGCCGCCAACGAGGAGCGCCGGCGCCGGGAGCGGGAGCGCAACGAGGCGGAGUACCGGGCCGCCGUCGCCGCGGCGACCCAAGACAUGGCGGAGGCGGAGCUGCGGCACGCGAAGGAGGAGGCGACCGACCUGAUCCGCCAGUGGGCGGCGGAGUGCCGCGACGCCACGGGCGUCCUGCCCGACCUCCCCGAGGAGCAGGAGGGCGGGCUGGCGCUGAUCUUCGCCGAGGACGUCCCCGCGCACAUGCGGGAGGAGGAGCCGGCGGGCGCGGAAGAGGACCCGGCCGGCGGGGAGGAGGAGCCGGGCUUCAGGCUGCCGCCGUCGCGGUUCCUGCCGAGCUUGGAGGCGGCGCAGAAGACCUACGCGGCGGUCUGGCAGAAUCGGCCGCGGCCCGACAGCCCGACGCAGAGGCACGACGCGGAGCUCCUGAAGGAGGCGAAGACGAAGGAGGUGGAGGAGGAGGCCCUGCGGCAGGUGGACCGGCUCAUGAGGGAGGAGCUGGCCAACCUGAAGGCCGCCAUGGGGGUCGACGCGGGCGGAGGCAAGGCCAAGGGCAAGGGCAAGGCCAAGGGCAAGGGCAAGGGCAAGAGAGGCGGGAAGAAGGAGAAGAGGGACAAGGACCUGACGGCCCACAGGAGCGUGGAGUCCCUGUACCAGGAGCUGGUGGCGGAGGGCCUGCUGAAGCAGCCCGACGCCGUCACGCUCAGCGAUUAUCUGGGCUCCUUCAGCGACCCGGGGACGGCCCGGCGGCAAGCCGGCGCGGAGCCCGCGCCGUCCGCGGCGGACGUGCGGCAGCUGGUGGUCCUGGACGCCGUCAUCCCGCUGGGCUCUCAGGCCGUCGGCGAGAAAGCCCUGGCCGCCAAGGCCAUCCUCCUGGUGGGGCCCACCGGCGUGGGCAAGAGGAUGCUGGUCCACGCCGUCUGCCAGGAGACGGGCGCCAACCUCUUCGACCUCUCGCCGCUCAACCUCGCCGGCAAGUACCCGGGCAAGAGCGGCCUGCAGACGCUGCUGCACACGGUGUUCAAGGUGGCCCGGCUCAUGCCGCCGUCGGUGAUCUGGAUCGGCGGCGCCGAGAGGAUGUUCUACAGGAAGGUGCCCAAGGAGGAGAAGGACGCGGACCCCAAGCGGCUGAAGAAGGACCUGCCCAAGUUCCUCAAGUCGGCGGCCGAGGACCGCGUGCUGCUGCUGGGGACGUCCCGGGACCCGUCCGGCGCCGACCUCAAGUCCCUCCUCAAGGUGUUCGGCAAGGUGGUCCUGCUGCCGAGGCCCGACUACGCCGCCCGGCACCUGCUCUGGCGCCGGCUGGUGGAGCGGGCGGGCGGGACGGUGACCGGGGCGCUGAACGUGGGCUCCCUGGCCCGCCUGUCGGACGGCCACACGCAGGGCCAGAUCGCGGCGGUGGUGCGGGCGGUUCUGACCGAGGCGCGGCUGCAGCGGCUGCCCGGCGGGCCGCUGGGCGCGGCCGAGUUCGCCCCGGCGCUGGCCGCCGCCACGCCCGUGACCCGGGACGAGGAGGCGCUGAGGAGCUGGUUCGCCAAAACGCCGCAGGGGAAGGCGCAGAGCGAGGCGGCCGCCGCCGAAGACCUGGUCCGCGCCGCGCCGGCCGACGCGGAAAAAGGCAAAGGGGGGACGAAGAAGGCCAAGUGA